AUGGCAGUGCUUCAAUCUAUUGUCUUCUUGUUCCUAAUGGUUUCUUUGGCUUCUACCCAUUCUCAGUCUACGCAAUUCCAGAACUACCCAGCUAAAGAGCCAACAAGAAGAAAUUCUCGUAGACUUUCGAGGCCUCUGAUUGGACAUGAUGGGAAGGUUUAUACUUGCUCUGAGAAAGAUUUGCUUGCAUUUGAAAGUAAUGGGUCCAUUGCUUGGACCAUGCAUUUGAAUUAUACAUGCAAUUCUGAUAUGCCUCCUGUUCAUGGUGGUAGAAGAAAUAUGUAUCUGGUUGCAGAUAACAGGGUGAUUAAGAUCAACUUGUUAAACAAUGGAACUUCUGAACCAGCUGCAGAAGUUUUACUUAGUGCAGAACCAACUAAAGACGGACAAGGUGGGAUUGUUGGGCUGGCAGUUAGCACAAUGAGUUCAUCUGUAUUUGUAAAUAUUAAAAAUCGGGGACUCUUUGCAUACAUGACACGUGGACAGUUGCUCUGGAGUGCUGGACCUGUGAUUGAUCUAUUUGGCUAUCGUCAAGGUUGUAGGAAGAACAGUGCAGAUUGUUUUUUUAAUUCAGUCCCUGUGAUUGAUGAAUGUGAGGCUAGUAUCUAUAUCUCAAAUACUGGAGGAGAAUUGUACUCGUUAUCAAUCCGCCAUCCACAUUUCAAGUGGAUCCAGGAUUUAAGUUCUUACGACAAAGUUUUCACUAUAACUCCUGGAAACAAUGGUAGAUUGUAUGUUACUGUUCCAGUUAAAGCUCUUUUGUUGGCACUAGAUGUUUCUUCAGGAAAUGUUUUGUGGGAGGGAAGUAUUGGGCCAUUAAGUACCGCAGAUUAUGCACCAGUUGUUGAUUCUAAUGGUUGGAUAUCUAUUGGUUCAUUAGAUGGGUUCCUAUACUCAUUUUCACCAACUGGUGUUCUCAAGAAAUUCUCAAGAACAGCUGUAACAGAUUCUGUGAUCCAAGUCAGUCCUACCCUUGACUGCACUGGCUUUGCAAUUUAUAUUUCUCAGACAGAGAUGGAGGGGAAGAUCAGCCGCACAGUAGGCGAAUAUACUUAUGUGUCUGCUAUGAAACCCAAAAGUGUUCUUCUUACCUUGUAUGUUCCAGCAACUGGGUCCAUCUACUGGUCUGAAAGCUAUCCUGGCCAAUUCUCAUCUUUUAUGUCUCAGAGUGAUCUUUGCCAUUUUAUACUAGACGAGAGGAUUCUUCUUGCAUUUGUGGCAGCUUCAAAGACUGGAAACCCACUGGCAUGCCGUUCUACACGUCAGAAGCUGAUGUCUAGCUGCUCCCAAGUAAGGCCGAAGCUUGUCAGCAUCUACACUGGUAAUGAAAGGGCAAUACUCUGGUUCCUGCUUUUUGAAUCUGCAAUCAUGGUAGUACUAGCUGGACUUGUGCGAUUUUGUUGUAUAUUUUGGAGUAAAAAGAAGCUUAAAGGUGAAAACCUUGGAAGUUUUCUUGAAAAGAGACGUUCUCUUCGACUAAAAAAGAAGGCAUUCGAUAGAACCAUUACAGAACUUGAGCAAAAAGCUGCAGUUGAAGCAAUGGCCAAUGAAGAGGUGCUUGAGAAAUUGGGCAAUCUGCUACAAAAAAGGGAAGGCAUAGAGAGAAAACUAUCAACAACUUAUAGCUUGGGCAGAGAUGGAGGCAGCUCAAGGUCAAAAACUCUUCUUCCAUUAUACGACGGAAAAACCAGAAGCUAUUAUCUUCAAGGUGGAAAGAAAGAGAGUAUUGCUGUCUUCCACACAUUAAGUGACACAUCAACUUCGAUAGAAAGCAGCAGUGGAGGAGGAGAGGCUGGCUGGACUUCUUGUGAAGACAAAGGGAAGGCACCAUUGGAAGAAGAAGAGAGCUCAAGUGAUGGUGGGUUCUUUACAAGAGAAUACAAGAAAAGCCCAUCAGAGCCAACUUCAAGCUCAAGAAGAUUGGUGAAUCCAUUGCUUGGGGAAAAAGAAUGGACAGGCAAGAAGUUGCAUUAUGAGGAUGAAGUGGAUUCAGAGCCAAAGAUAAUGAUUGGUAGCAGGAGCUUAUCGUUAAAAAGAAGAAGGGCUUUAUCUUCAACUAAUUAG